UAAUAAAAUUACGCCUGUGAAGGAUCAAAUGAAUUGUAACGCUUGCUGGGCGUUCAGUGCUGUUGCAAACAUUGAAAGUCAUUUGAUGAUAUAUAGGAACAUUAAUGAAUCAUUAUCGGAACAGUUUUUAAUUGAUUGCGAUGAACGUAACGUCGGCUGCAGUUCUUCAAGCAUAUUAAAUACAUUUUCAACUAUAGUUGAAAAACUGGGCGGUGUGCUCCGUGAAAAUGACUACAAGCCAUAUCAAAAACAAAUAUCAACUUGCACGUGGAAUCAUGAAAUUCCAGUCAUACCGGUCGUUGGUUACAGGCGUGUAAAGGGCGACGAGGUGAUCAUGGCCCAUUUCAUAUAUAAUUAUGGACCAAUAUCAGCUGGAAUAAACUCGGCUUCAAUGGAUAUAUAUAGAGGAGGUAUUGACGAACCAUCAGAUGCCAUAUGUUCCCCAAAAGAGAUGAACCAUGCUGUUCUCAUAGUCGGCUAUAAUGUCUAUGUCAACCCCGACACGGGAAAGAGUGUUCCGUAUUGGAUAAUCAAGAACUCGUGGGGUACGAAUUGGGGCGACAAGGGAUUUUACUACUUGGUUCGCGGUCGUAACGCUUGCGGUAUUGCCAACGAUUUAUCAUUGAGCAUUGUUAAUUAACACUUUAAUUGAUAUAUUUAAUUAUAUACGACAUUGAAAUUACAAUUAGCUGAUAUAAUGUAGUGUAGCGUUAUUACGUUUGUUCAGAAAAACCAAAAUCAACGGCUGUUUUAAUUUAUAACUAGUAUAUAACAUUUUAUUCAAUUGUUAUUAUUCAGUGCAAAGAAGGUUAAAUAAAUAAGAUUU